AUGGAAAAUAAAGAAGUUCUUGUUUACACUUUCAUCUCCAUCUUCAUCUCUCUUCAGUUCUUGUUUUGGAGAUUUAUUUGGCCGCGUUUAAAUGCGGCUAUGUCUUCUUUGUGGCGACAGACCAGCCACCGUGAUCCGCCAAGCCACACUCUCACUGCUGAAAGCUUUGAAUCAGAGUUCUUGUCGUAUAUGAAACGUAAAUCUAAGCUUGUCAAUAAGGCACUAGAGGAGGCUGUUCCACUCUGUGAGCCAGUGCUGAAGAUCCGCGAGGCCAUGAGGUACACGCUUCUCUCGGGCGGAAAACGCAUAAGGCCAAUGAUUUGUCUGGCUGCAUGCGAGCUCGUGGGUGGGAAAGAGUCAACCGCAAUGCCUGCCGCAUGUGCAAUUGAGAUGAUCCACGCGUCGUCCCUCAUCCAAGACGAUCUACCUUGUAUGGACGACGACAGCCUCCGCCGGGGAAAACCCACAAAUCACAAAGUCUUUGGCGAAAAUAUAGCAAUCUUGGCAGUUGAUGCGCUCAUAGCACUGGCCAUCAAGCACACCGUGGAAUCCACCUCUUCGGAGGUUCCUCCAGUGAGAGUUCUCCGUGCCGUUCUAGAGAUAGUGAAAGCCGUGGGAACGGAAGGGCUCGUUGCUGGUCAAGCGGCGGAUUUGGCUGGAGAAGGUAUGAGCUUCGACAACGAUGAAGCGGGACUAGAGCAUCUUGAAUUUAUACAUAUUCAUAAAACGGCGGCGUUGCUUGAAGCUGCAGUUGUUAUGGGAGCUAUAGUGGGAGGUGCGUCUGAUGAAGAAAUCGAAAGUCUUAGGAGUUACGCGAGAUGCGUUGGGUUGAUGUUUCAAGUGGUGGAUGAUGUGCUUGAUGUGACCAAGUCAUCGGAAGAGCUAGGGAAAACCGCGGGUAAAGAUUUGAUCUCGGGAAAGCUGACGUAUCCGAAGGUGAUGGGAGUGGAGAAGUCGAGAGAUUAUGCUGACAAGUUGAACAGAGAAGCGCGGGAACAUCUUAAAACGUUUGAUUCAGACAAGGCAGCUCCGUUGCUGUUUCUCGCUGAUUACGUUUUCAACAGACAAAACUGACGUAUGCUCUUGUUUUCCUAAUAAACCGAGUAAACCAUGUAAAAUUAUUCGAAUUAUAUUUGGUU